AGGGCUCGGAAGGGAGGGAGGGAGGCGGGCCCGCGACGCUUAAAGACCUCUCCGGACCGCGGGCUACUCUUGUCCACCCGCUGCAGGGACAGCGGCGGCCACCGGGUUCUUGUGGUCACCCAGGAGUCCGGGUGCUCUGGGGCCAGGUACCACUGGCCUUUGUCCAGGCAGGUGGGUGCAAGCCCAGGAAGCAUGAGGACGCUGGAAGACUCUUCAGGGACGGUCCUGCACCGCCUCAUCCAGGAGCAGCUGCGCUAUGGCAACCUGACUGAGACCCGCACGCUGCUGGCCAUCCAGCAGCAGGCCCUGCGGGGUGGGGGCGCUGGGGGCACAGGGAGCCCCCAGGCCCCUCUGGAGAUCAUGGCCCCCGAGGACAGUCAGGUGCUACAGCAGGCCACAAGACAGGAGCCCCAGGGCCAGGAGCACCAGGGCACCGAGACCCACCUGGCAGAGAACAGCCUGUACCGCCUGUGCCCACAGUCCAGCAAGGGCGAGGAGUUGCCCACCUAUGAGGAGGCAAAAGCCCACUCACAGUACUACGCGGCCCAGCAGGCGGGGUCCCAGGCACAUAUUGGGGACCGGGAUCCCCGCGGGGCCCUGGGAGGCAGUCGGAGGCAGGAUGAGGCCCUGCGCGAGCUGAGGCACGGGCACGUGCGCUCCCUGAGCGAGCGACUCCUGCAGCUGUCCCUGGAGAGGAACGGGGCCCGCACCCCCAGCCACAUGAGUGCCUCCCACAGCUUCCCUCAGCUGGCCCGCAACCAGCAGGGCCCCCUGCCCAGGGGCGCCCCCGCUGAGGGCCCAGAGCCCCGUGGACCUCCACCUCAGUACCCACAUGGCGUGCUAGCUCAUGAGACCACCUCCGCUGUCACCGACCCGCGGUACCGCGCCCGUGGCAGCCCACACUUCCAGCAUGCGGAAGUCAGGAUCCUGCAGGCCCAGGUGCCUCCUGUAUUCCUCCAGCAGCAGCAGUACCAGUAUCUGCAGCAGCCCCAGGAGCACCCCCCACCCCCACACCCAGCUGCCCUCAGCCAUGGCCCACUGGGCUCCCUCAGCCCACCUGGGGUAGAGGGCCCAGCAAACACCCAGGCCUCCUUGGCCACCUCAGGCAGUGCCCACCUGGCCCAGAUGGAGACUGUGCUGAGGGAGAAUGCCAGGCUGCAGAGGGACAACGAGAGGCUGCAGAGGGAGCUGGAGAGCUCGGCGGAGAAGGCGGGUCGCAUCGAGAAGCUGGAGAAUGAAAUCCAGAGGCUCUCUGAGGCCCAUGAGAGCCUGACGAGGGCCUCUUCCAAGAGGGAGGCCCUGGAGAAGACUAUGCGAAACAAGAUGGACAGUGAGAUGAGGAGGCUGCAGGACUUCAACCGGGAUCUUAGAGAAAGAUUGGAAUCUGCAAACCGCCGCCUGGCAAGCAAGACACAGGAGGCCCAGGCAGGCAGUCAGGACAUGGUGGCCAAGCUGCUGGCUCAGAGCUACGAGCAGCAGCAGGAGCAGGAGAAGCUGGAGCGGGAGAUGGCACUGCUGCGCGGAGCCAUCGAGGACCAGCGGCGGCGCGCUGAGCUGCUGGAGCAGGCUCUGAGCAACGCCCAGGGCCGGGCAGCACGGGCUGAGGAGGAGCUGCGCAAGAAGCAGGCCUAUGUGGAGAAGGUGGAGAGGCUGCAGCAGGCCUUGGGGCAGCUGCAGGCUGCCUGUGAGAAGCGAGAGCAACUGGAGCUACGUCUGCGGACGCGCCUAGAGCAGGAACUCAAGGCCCUGCGUGCGCAGCAGAGACAGGCAGGCACUCCCACCUGUGGCAGUGGCAGUGGUGGGUCCCCGGAGCUCAGUGCCCUGAGGCUGUCGGAACAGCUCCGGGAAAAGGAGGAGCAGGUCCUGGCCCUGGAGGCCGACAUGACCAAGUGGGAGCAGAAGUAUUUGGAGGAACGUGCCAUGAGGCAGUUUGCCAUGGAUGCGGCCGCCACAGCCGCCGCCCAGCGGGACACCACCCUCAUCCGACACUCCCCCCAGCCCUCGCCCAGCAGCAGCUUCAACGAGGGCCUGCUCACUGGUGGCCACAGGCAUCAGGAGAUGGAAAGCAGGUUAAAAGUGCUCCAUGCCCAGAUCCUGGAGAAGGACGCGGUGAUCAAGGUCCUUCAGCAGCGUUCCAGGAAAGACCCUGGCAAGGCCACCCAGGGCUCCCUGAGGCCCGCCAAGUCUGUGCCAUCUAUCUUUGUGGCUGCAGCUGCAGGGACCCAGGGCUGGCAAGGGCUCUCCUCUGGCGAACGGCAGAUGGAUGCUUCUGUCCAGCUGACUGCAGCAGACAGAGCAGAGGAGCCCAUGGCCACAGCUCCCCUCGCUGCCCAUGCCAAACACGGGAGCAGAGAUGGGAGCACUCAGACCGAGCCCCCAGACAGCACUGCCCCCUGCCUGGGCCUGGAGCCUGACAGCCUUCUGGGGUGCAGCAGUGGCCAGAGGACCGCCUCGAUGGAUUCUGUUGCCACAUCCAGAGUCCAGGAUUUGUCGGACAUGGUGGAAAUUCUGAUCUGAAGGAGGCGGUGCCUCGGAGACGCUGAACCAUUCCCUGCUCGCCUCUGCCUCUGCCACGCCCCCAUUCCAGCAGCCCCCCUGCUGCCGUGGUCCCCGCCCCUCUCCGAGCCAGGCACUCAUUCCCGCUGACCAUCUGGUCCCAGGAGUUGGGGAAGGAUGCUGCAGGGGCGAGGGGAGCUGUGAGCACUGUCCCCUGCCCCACAGAAAACUCUGCCCCUUAGCCCCACACUCCUCCUGGACCCCUGCAGGAUGAGGACUUGACCGCUACUGCCGCCCAAGGCUUGCUGCCAGGGUAGCAACUGAAAGCUCAGAAGGGAGCUGGCCCCUUCUGCACCCCUCACUGGGCAUGCGGGCAGGGAGGGAGGGUAUAUGCUGAUUUGGGGGGCUCAUUUCCAAGGAUGGCUGCCUGUGGACACCAGGUGGGCUGGUCUAAUUGUCAAGCCUGGCUCAGUGCGGUCCCUCCAACCUCAUCUGCUCCUCAGCGCCUCAUUGCCUCCCUGGUGUCAUCAAGAUUUUUGUCUUGUGGGGACUGUUGAGGGUGUUUGCCCCCCCACACUUGCAGAUGACUGGGUUGUGCUGGGAAGUUUGUAUAUAAUUCCCUUUCUUGUGAAACGGGCGCUUCAGAUUUGCCCCCCACCCUGUUCUAUGCUCCCAUCCCUGUUGUUCCUGUACUUCUGACCAGCCUCUCAGCCAUCUCCCCAUCUCCAGACCCUGUCCCGUGGGUGCGAUACCAGUUGAUCUGAGGGAUGUUGACUGUCUUUUUCUUCAUCUUGAAACCUGUUUUAAAUGUCCAUGGGGACCCCCCUCCUGCCAUCACCAGCCUCUUGAAAUAGCUCCACAGCUCCUGUCCCUGGGACAUCCUGUCCAUUUGGUUAUGAACCCUGAGCCAGCUGAAGCAGCCACCACCCAGGCCUCAGCCGUGGUGGGCUUCCCAGCACCACUUCUCCCGAAGGAAACUGGAGAGAUGGCAUUGUCCUCAUCGGUCUUUGUUUCUCACCACCCCCCCGGAGGGACUGGGAGAGAGCUGUGCUGGUGAAAACUAGGCCAUGAGUUAAGAGAUGUGAGAUGGGACUCAAGAGUCUUCUGAAUGGAGCCCCUGUCACAGCGUGGUGCCCUGAGGCUGGCUCCUCAAGCCACCCAGCACCCGGAAGCAGGGCCAGGGCUUGGGAACUGGAGUGAAGCAUCCAAUGGCAGCCUGCCAGAGGCAGUGACUUUAACUUCUGGUCUUAAAGAGGCCCCCAGCUCAGCCCCAGGAGCGAUCGGUGGGUUUUAGUAAUUUGUCUUGACUGUUUUUAGUCCUCCUUGACUCUUUGUGUUUUUUUCCUUUACUUUUUUUUUUUUUUUAGGUUUUGUAUGUGUUGUUUUAUUCCCGUGGUUCCUCAAGUUUCCUUUUUAAACAUUUGCAUUUGCUGGACAAUUGCAUAUUUUUUUUAAAUCCCCCUUCCCCUCUUUAAAGCUGAAAAAUGCAUUUGGUUCAUGUGCAUUGUUUACAAAGAAAAAAGAAAAAAAGAGAAAAAAAGCCAAAAAAAAUCAUGAAAGGAAAAAAAAAUGACUUAAUAUAUUUUGGAUUAAUAUUUGGUAUUUCUUUUAAAGUAUUUUUUGUGCUGUGAACAUUUUCUGCCAAAGACCAUGAUGUGUGUCUGUAUGUUUAAGUUAUCAUAAAUAUUUAAAAUGUAAACAUGGCUGUUUUGUUAUGCCACCCUGUACCAGGAUUGCUGCUGCAUUCCACUGGGUAUAACAGUAUUUUAAUUAAAAAAAUUUUUAAUUCAAAGCA